AUGAAGGGAAAAAAAAAUUGUAAUGGAGAAGAUGGACAUAUUAUUGGAAUACAAACGAAUUCUCAUUCAUCGUCUAAAUUACAAAAUAAACAAAGGAGAAGUCGUACGAAUUUUACAUUGGAACAAUUAAACGAAUUGGAAAGAUUGUUCGACGAAACUCAUUAUCCUGAUGCUUUCAUGAGAGAAGAACUCAGUCAAAGAUUAGGACUUAGCGAAGCAAGAGUACAGGUGUGGUUUCAAAAUCGUAGAGCAAAAUGUCGAAAACAUGAGAGUCAAAUGCAAAAAGGAAUGAUAGUAUCAAGUCAUACACCGGCGACAGUGUCGACAACAUUAGAACCCUGUCGUGUGGCACCUUACGUAAAUGUUCCAUCCAUUCGAUUGACGUCAUCAUAUAAUCAAAUGCAAUCAUUAUCAGGAUUUUCGACAUUCGAUCCGGCCUUGUUUUCGGCAGCAGCGCAACAGUACGCGGCGGCAGCGGCUGCUUUUUCUUCGAGUUCUUCUCCAUUAGUUUUUUGCCCACAAUAUCCAUUAGGACUUGCUGCUCUUGCGGCCGUUCAUCAGGAUCGUCUUUAUUCAAAAAAUAGCAGCAUAGCCGAUUUAAGAUUUAAAGCUAAAAAACAUGCAGAAGCAUUAAAAAUGUCAACGGAAAAAAUUUGA